GUAGAUGAAGGACCCGUGCUACAAAGAGGAGUUCGUCGUCCUGUCGCAGGAGGCGGUUCGGGGAUGGGACAAAUAUGAUAAAGGCGAAGAAAGCAGUGAUGAUUGGCUGUCGGAAAUAGAUGAAGUGAAUGCUUACGAUGACAAAAGAAACGAAGUUUUUGAUGACGGUUGGGGUUGGGUUGUCACAUUCGCUUCUUUCGUGAUUUAUACAUUGGCCUCCACGUUUACUAACUGUUUCGGCGUGCUGUUCUCUGCGUUUCUACUGGAGCUACACACAACAUCUACAAAGAUCUCCGAAAUCUUCAACUUGGCACUCGCACUCUCUAGCAUGUUCAGCUUUCUUGCGGAGCCAUUGGUGAAUCAGUUUGGGUGGAGGAAAGUCACCUUCAUCACCAGUCUAGUAUAUAGUGUGGGCCUAGCAUCAUCUUCGUUCGCUACUUCCGCUUCAUUCUUCUUCCUUUUUGCAAUGAUGACAUCAGGUACGUGUAUCCUGAUUCUUGAGGUCAUCGCUCAACACACUGUCUCCAUAUAUUUUAGAAGGCGGAGGCGCCUCGCAACAUGCAUUGUGACUUUGGGUACAUGUGCAAGUCAGGUGCUGAUGACGCCAUUCAUUUCAUACCUGCAGGAAAAAUUCAGCUUCAGAGGUGCCACUCUUAUAGCGGCUGCCACUGUUCUCAAUUGUUGCGUGGCUUCCAUGUUCCUCCACCCUGUUGAAUGGCACAUGAAAGGGCAUCACUUAUACCUUAAUAAAAACAUGGAGGUGCCUGUUACCUUGUCACUCCAGCCUAAUAAAGCAUCCUCUGCCCCUAAUUCUUUUGUAAGACUCCUCAAAGGAUCCAUGAAGAACAUCCAGUACCUCAGAUCACCACGUAUCAUCAUCAUCUCAUUAGUGAUGGCUUGUAACACCAGCUCGUUAGUUAACAUCUGGGCAAUUGUUCCUUUCGCUCUCAAAACUCAAGGCUAUUCAUCUCAAGACGUGGCACUGUGUCUUUCGGUGGCUGGACUAUGCAAUUUGGCCUCCAGGUUAGGCAAUGGCGUCGUUAGUUGCUGGGCGACAUUCACUAUCCAAAAGCUAUACAUCAUCGGUUCUGCUACCUCUGCAAUCGGCAUUAUUGGUUUUUGUUGGGGAAGUGAUCUUUUCUGGAAGACGACAAUGUUUGGAUUGUGUGGGCUCGGCAACGGUACCGUAUCAACACUGUACAGCCUUGUGGCGUUGGAAGCAGCAGGUCUGGAAAUGCAGUUGCCAGUGCUUAGUCUCGUGGGCCUCGUUACUGCCUUCUGGUUUCUACUCGUGGAUCCGCUCACAGAUGGCAGUCACUGCAGGCCCUCUAAAGAUAAUUCUCCUGCCUCUGACAAACCUACAUGUACUUACUGCACACACUUCUUCACUGCAAAAAAAAAAAAAAAGGCAAAUCCUAUUACAGCAUCGGAGUCCAUUUCUGGGGGGGAGGAGCAAAAAAUGUCCCCAGGUCGGACUGCUCUUCAGGAAGCUGAGCAGAACUGCCUGGAUGAUGAGAGCAGUUAUAACUCACUCCGCAGUCGCAGUCACUCCGUCCCAAGCCCACUACAGCCAGGCGUUGGCGCCGACUUAUAUGACCCGCAGUGGCUGCUAUCCCGCGCUGUCACCACUACCACGUCACUUAUUUAA